AUGGGCGAAGAAGACGAACAGGGCAUGGCAAGUCAAACUCAACCGUUGAUUGAAAAUACCAACAGUACCAGCAGUAACCAUAGCGACCACACCCUACCCAUGGGCGACAACAACGACAACGGCGGCAUGGCCAAAGGCCACAGUGGUCUGGACGCCCUGUUUCACCAAUAUUUCGGCCACAACCCCGAAUUCUUCAAGCAAGCCUUCAAGUUCGCGUUGUGCUUUUGUGGAUUGCAAGCUUCCUACUUGACUUGGGGAUACAUGCAAGAGCUCAUCAUGACGACUCAAUUCCAUCCCACAAAUCGAGUGCCCGAAGGAAAAUUCCCUUCCGCGGCAUUUUGUGUCUUUUCCAAUCGAUUCUUGGCCGUCAUUGUCGCGCUCAUCUCGGUACGAAUCCGAAAGGGAGCCUUCUUUGCCAACAACAAAGCACCAUUGAUCGCAUUCACUCCCUGUGCUCUAUCCAACACCAUGAGUAGCUGGAGUCAAUAUGCAUCCCUCAAAUACGUGUCUUUCCCAGUCCAGACCGUCUUCAAGAGCUCCAAGAUCAUUCCGGUCAUGAUGAUGGGCAAAGUCUUGAAGGGAACCAACUAUCCCCUCGGACAGUACGUCGAAGCCUUGCUCAUCACUGUUGGAGUCGCCAUUUUCUCAAUCAUGAGCAAAAGCUCCGAUUCCGAUAAAAACACCGAGUUGAUCGGAUUGGUCUUUUUGCUUUGCUAUAUCUCUUUUGAUUCUUUCACUUCACAGUGGCAAGACAGAGUCUACACCGAAUAUGGAAGAGCCAAUGUAGACCCAUACCAAAUGAUGCUCGGAGUCAACAUGUCCGCUAUUAUUAUCACUACCACCGGUCUUCUCAUCACUGGAGAUUUCCCCAUUGUAUGGGAAUUCCUACUGGCCAAUCCUGUCGCCUUUCGAUACAAUGUCAUUACGGCCAUUACGUCGGCUUCAGGACAACUCUGCAUCUUUUAUACCAUCAAAGAGUUUGGUCCCAUUGCCUUUACAAUCAUCAUGACUACGCGACAAAUGUUCUCCAUUUGCAUUUCGGCAUUCAUCUUCAAUCACCAAAUCUCGUUCAAGGCAGCUAUUGGAGCUAUCUUGGUGUUCUCUGUCAUUUUCUACCAAAUUCGAAGAAAGUACCUCGCACGUCAAGGAGCAAAAGCCAAAGUGUCACCCACACCCAGCAAGUCAUGA